AUGUCCAUGGGAAAUGAGAAACAGAUUGAGAUGAGGAGCAAGAUGAUGCUAUUUGGUUUGCUGAUUAGGAGAAUCUUUGAUGAAGAAAAGGGUAAGCUUCUUGAGAGGCUUGAGGAUGCCAAUAGUGAAAUCAGAGAGCUAAAGAAAGUGAGAAAUGAAGAUGCAAAAGCCAACGAGAAAGUAGUUAGCAUAAUCGCGUCUCAAAAACAGAGUUGGUUAAAAGAGAGGUACAGAUUUAGGCUCCAGAUCGAAGCUCUGAUGAGGGAGCUAAGGAACAUGGAGAAGAGGAAGAGAAAAAGCUUCUCGGAGUUGCAAGAAAGAUUAAAAGAAAAGCAAGAUUCAGUGGAAUCCAAAGAUAAAGCAAUGGAAGAAGAGAAGCGUAAAUGCAAAGAGUUAGAGGAAAAGCUGGCCAAAGCAGAAAAAGAAGUUCAAGAUUUAAAGGAAACACAAGAGAGAGAUGUGCAAGAACAUUCCUGUGAGCUAUGGAGGCAAAAGAAGACAUUCCUUGAGCUUGCUUCUAGCCAGAGACAACUUGAAGCUGAACUGAGUCGUGCAAAUAAGCAAAUCGAAGCUAAGAGGCAUGACCUUGAAGAGUUGUCUUUAGAAAUCAUCAAGAUGCGGAAAGAUUUGGAACAGAAAGAUCUAAUACUUGCAGUGAUGUUGAAGAAGUCAAAACUGGAUGUGACCGAGAUACAGACAUUGGUUAAAGAGGUGAAAACAAAGCAAGAAGAAGAGGAAGGAAAGAAAUGGAGAUCUAAUUCAAAAUCAAGACGGUCACUGAGAAGCAUGUUUGCUUUCGAAGCCACAAGUAAGCCUAAAACCAACAAUGUUGCUUCCAUUACUCACAUUGAAUUACAUAAAGAUCCUGAUGUCAUCCCGGAAAUACUGGAUUCCUACUCUAUUGGUGAUCUCAGUGAACUAGGAAAUGCAAAGAAGCGUGAGAAUUUGAGUUUUGGAGAGGAAGAUUUUUGUAUUAGAGUGAUAGGGAAGAAGCAGGAGACAGAGCAUAUGAAACUAAAAGAUGAAAAGGUUGAAGCUUUGUGUUUGCAUCUGAUGAACUCUGAGUUAGACUCAAAGAGGCUGAGAUCUUGUAUUGAAGGACUAAGCCAAGAAAUGUCACAGUUGAGACACAAUAACACAAAGCUGGAAAGACAGGUAAGUCAGAGAGGUGAAGAAGAAUCUGUUUCCCUCAAGACACAGAUAAGAAGCUUGGUGCCCAACAAGAACAACACGAGUUGUAGAAGAAAGAACACGAAAACAGAAGGAGAACUCGAAUCAAAGGAAGAUUCUCAGGAAAAUGGGAUGGAGAAAGGAAGGGAAUCAUAUUCUCCUGAUGAGUUGAGACAUUUAACUUUGAAAGCUGCUCAAUCUGAUGCUGAAGAAGAAUCUGACAAGGAAAGUCUCUUUACCAAAAUAGGAAAAGCAGAUUGUAAGGAGAGUGAAACAUCAACCACAGGAAAUCCUCCUUGGAGAAUGGAUCUUCAUGCUCUCGGAGUUUCAUUCAAGAUCAAAAGGCUGAAACAACAGCUGAUGAUGAUUGAGAGAUAUAUUGGGAAACAAGAGAGCCAAGAGAUUGACGAAAUCAGCAGUGAUACUGGCAAAAGGGCUCUGUUGUUGCUUAUUACCUUGCUCAACAAGCAAGUUACUAGGUAUCAGUCACUACAAGAGAAGAUUGAUGAUUUGUGCAAAAGAAUGCAUGUGAGUGAUCCGGAGAAGAUAAACGGAAAUAUGAAGGCAAAUGGAGAAGCCAAGACAUUGCUAGAGCAUUUCUUGGAUGAGACGUUUCAGCUGCAAAGAUACAUAGUGGCAACAGGACAGAAACUGAUGGAGAUCCAGUCCAAGAUCGCUUCUGGCUUUGUGGAGAUUCUUGUAGGCUUCAUCACUACUGAAUCCUCUGCUUCUAUUAGCAGCUUUGAUCCAGAACGUUUUGCAGAGAACAUCAAAAGUUUGUUUCAGGAAGUGCAGAGAGGGCUUGAGGUUAGGAUAUCUCGAAUCAUAGGUGAUCUUGGAGGAACAUUGGCUCGUGAAGGAAUGAUACAUUUGAAGCGACGAGGUGAUAUGGAGCAACGAGUAUGA